AUGAUACUGAAUUAUUUAUUCGAUAAGUCUACCGUGAGGUAUGAAAACAAGAUUGAGAAGAAAAAAAAGGACAACUUAGUGUCUUUGCAAAAUUGUAUUGAAAAUAUGUCAAUCACGUUUAUACUAGUUGGAUCUAUAAUUCUGAUGAUAAGUCUUUUAAUGAACACACUUUUUGUAGAAAAUGCAAAGAACUCAAGUAUUUAUAAAUUAUAUUACCUUACAUCUGGACUAUGGUUCAUCAUUAUAAUAGUCCAAGUCUUAACUUUUUUAUUUUCCUCAACGAUUUUUCAAAAUACGACUCAUUUUUUUUUAAAUGAAGAAAAAAAGAAUCCAGUCUCCGAUUGGAAUCCCCUCAGCACGGGCUUAUUUUUAACCAACAUCAUAACAUUUAUUUGCAUGUCUGUCCUGUCCUUUUGCGGAAUAUUCUCAUACGUCGUAAAAACUUAUAGUGAAACAAAUGGAAGUAUGCUGGCCGCAACUAUUUUCAGUUUUUCGACAAACUUAAUGUUCCUGGCUGUUCAAUUCUUAUAUAUAUUACUCAAAAUCCACAAAAUUAAGAACAUAAAAUUCAGUAGAUAUUUGCCUUUUUUUUUACCCGGAUUUUCUUGCAUGCUAGAAUCCAUUACUCUUAAUGUAGAGAAUAAAAUAAGACAGAAUCUAUUAGAUAAAAAUUCUAAAAGAAAAAUGCAAAAAAAAAAACUCAAGGAUCAUAUGAUUCACCAAGAUGAAAAUAUAUUCUUAAUUAGCUAA